GCGUGUGCGCAGACCGGGUGCGCAGUAGGCGUGUGCGUUGUCUAGAUUCUUUGUGCCAUUCCUGGCAUACCAAAAACAGAGUAACUCCUCAUAUUUACGGACCGAAUACCGUCUGAAUUUUGUGAAAACCGGCCUGCUUAUCACGUCAUCUCGCCCUGUGCAACCGGGACGCGCGCGUUUUCGCCGCUCCCUGACGAACUUUUAACUGUGGCCUCCUACCGCGACACGCGCAGGAAAGCCCAAUUCACCCGUGACUUGGAUGGAUACUGUGCAUUAUUUUUGGAGUAAGUCACAGUGCUGACCCGUCUACUAAUUGGUCAUUCAUCACAUAAAUUUUUAAGAGAAGCUCUACUUCCAUGCAUUCCAUGAUAAUUGCACCAGGUACAUCCACGUUGCCGUCAUCCUGACCUGCCCGAGAAAUCCUCAUGAAAGACUGGGAACUCAGUACUCAAAAUAGCAUCGGCAGUGCGGUGGCUGCAGCCGACACCAUUUCUUCACCGUGGACACCCGCGAGUUCCGGGCCGCCGCCCGACGCCAACGGCUCCGGCUCGGAUACGAAGAACCUCGAUGUUGGCGAGAUCAGCGAUGAUGAAAAGGACCUUUCGGCGGCAGACGCGGAGGGUGUUUGGUCACCGGAUAUCGAGCAAAGCUUCCAAGAAGCUCUCACCAUAUAUCCACCAUGUGGUCGGCGUAAAAUCAUCCUUUCCGACGAAGGGAAAAUGUACGGUCGAAAUGAGCUGAUUGCUCGGUACAUUAAGCUCCGAACCGGUAAAACGAGGACGCGGAAGCAGGUUUCUUCACACAUACAAGUCCUUGCCAGGAGAAAGCUCCGAGAAAUUCAAGCUAAGCUCAAAGUGGAUCAUGCGACGAAGGAGAAGACUCUACAGACAAUGUCGAACAUGUCGAGUGCUCAGAUAGUAUCAGCUGGGAGUGCGAUACACAACAAGAUGCCCCCUGCCCUUGUGGGGACCCUUGCCCUUCACGCUUCCAACCCUUCCUAUCCUGGAGCGAACUUUUGGCAGCCAGGAAUACAGCCAGGAACAUCUCAAGAUGUUAAACCUUUUCAUCAACCAGCAUACCCAGGAAAACCAGCGACUGCUGUCUCCAGUAGUGACAUGGUUCAAGCCCAACCACCACCACCCUGGGAAGGACGAGCCAUUGCUACUCAUAAACUUAGACUUGUUGAGUUCUCGGCGUAUAUGGAACAACACCGAGACCAGGAAAUUUACCAAAAACACCUUUUCGUCCACAUAGGAGGAUCAGCGACUUAUGCAGAUCCCUUACUGGAAGCUGUAGACGUCAGGCAGAUAUACGACAAAUUCCCAGAGAAAAAAGGAGGUCUCAAGGAACUCUAUGACAAGGGACCACAAGCGGCUUUCUUUUUAGUUAAAUUCUGGGCAGAUCUCAAUACCAACAUACAAGAUGAAGCAGGCGCUUUUUACGGUGUUACAAGCCAAUAUGAAAGCAAUGAGAACAUGACGAUAACGUGUUCGACAAAAGUUUGUUCAUUCGGAAAGCAAGUGGUAGAGAAGGUGGAGACUGAAUAUGCAAGGUUCGAGAACGGUAGGUUUGUUUAUCGUAUCAGUCGUUCGCCUAUGUGCGAGUACAUGAUAAACUUUAUUCACAAACUCAAACACCUGCCAGAAAAAUAUAUGAUGAACAGUGUUCUCGAAAACUUCACAAUCCUCCAGAUUGUCACAAAUAGAGAUACGCAAGAGACGUUGUUAUGUACAGCUUAUGUCUUCGAAGUAUCGACGUCCGAACAUGGUGCUCAGCAUCAUAUAUACAGAUUAGUCAAAGACUAGCCUGUUUAAAAAUCUGCUCGCCAUGCAGCCAUCCACCCCCAUCAGUGCCUACCACCACAUUAAAUCAUCCAUUACAUAAUGCGCAAAGUGCGUGCGCUUAUAAGUUCGCACUCUUACGCGACAACACAUAACGAUAAGGAUUAUUAAGAAUUAUUAAGAAAUAUAAUUAUAAUUAUGACAAUUACACACUGACGAUAAUGACUCAAAAUAUAUUAUAUUAAUCAUAAAUAUAUUAGUGUACAUUACAAAUUAUUCAGACAGAUUUAUUGUGUACUUGGUAAAAUAUCAAAAUCAUUUUUGCUUUGGUGACGACGUAUUUUAAUACUUAUGAAUUCGUUUAUAAGCUGUGAUCUCAGAUGAAUUACAGUCGUCACACAUUGCAAGAUAUAUUUAUAUUAUUUGAAAAUGAUUAUUAGAGCUUUGUCCAGGAAACAAUAUUAUUUUAAAAAAAUGAUGCACGCAAAAUUAUAAACUUUUUACUGAUCAACCCAAAUCUAUAGGGACAUUGAACGACAGAAAAGUUUCAUUCAGAAAAUUUGUUCUAAGAAAGUAACUAAUAUUAAUGACCAAUUUUAUUUUUUAGCGCAAAAUUAUAAUUUUAUUGUUAAUAACGAAUAAGGAAUCAGUAAUAAUUUUUAGUAGCAUUUUUUAAAAUAUAAGUAUUCGAAAAUAAAAUUUAAUAAAUGCUUCAUAAAUGUUAAUAGAAAAUAUUACAGCAAACUUCUUUGUUGUUCAAUGUUAUCAAUAAGUAUUAAAAAUAAAUUAUUAAUUAAGAAUUUUGAAAAAACGAAGUAAAAGGCCGUUUUUUUCAUUAGAUAGAUAUAAAAAAUAACAUGAACAUUUGACCACAUAAAUCGAGUGUAAAUGUUGAAAUUGACAAUAAUUAAAAAUUAAUGAAAACAAUGCCAAUAAGUAUUCAACAAAAUCACUGAGUAAUUAAAGUAUAUAUACUUGAUAGAGAUAUAUAUGAUCCAAAUCGGCAUGUAUUGUGAUUUUGGGUUGAUUCAGUAUAGAAAUUAAAAAACAUCUAUUACUAUACAAUAGUAUUAUGAUUUAUAAUAAUCAGAAGGAAUUUUUCAUUGUUUUUUUGACAUGAAUACACUCAAAAAUAUAAGAAAAUAUGUUGCGGACAGAAUCAUACAUGUCAAAUUAAAAUUAACGCAAUCAUUAAAGUUUACAUUAUUGAAUAUAAAAUUACAAUCGUAAAUAAAGAUUUCUAAACAAGUUUUGGUUUCAACUCAAAUGAAAGUUUAAAAAGCCAUUGCAAAUUAUCAAAUUUUUUGUUUUUAAUUAUUGCUUUACUACAGAUGAAAAAUCAAGAUAAAAUAACUUUUCUUAAUUUUUAUAUAGAAAUAGUUCGAUGAAAAAAUUAUAAUUGUUAUCAAAACUAAUGAAAAGAGUUGAUAUUUACUUAUUCGUAAUUAGCUAUUGUUCAUGAGUUACAUUUAAUAUAUUUUUUUUUGUGAAAUCCCACCCAGUAUGUGGCAGCAAUAUUUUAUGAUAUAAAGAUGUGUUUGUAAUUCUUAUAAUCACUUUAUUUUGUACUGUAAGACUCCGUUUUCUAUAGUUUGAUUAUGUGGCUGAAUUUCUUAUAUAGAGUACCGUUUGUUUUUAUGUUUUUAUCGAAUACAUUUAAAAACUAUUGAAUAUCACAUUAUCAAAUUUUUUCGAUUGCCCAAGGCAAGCCAUCAAGCUCCAAUAAUAAAUAACUUAAGUAUUUUAAAUAUAUUUUUAUUAAAACAACAAUUUCCCGUAUACAGAAUUGAUUUUUGUUCCAAUUUAUAAAUGAAAAGAGCAAUAUGACAUUUUUUUUUGGAAAUAAUCAAUAAAAUAUCCACCUGACGCUGAUGAAAUUUUAUAGAAAUAAAUUUGAUUUAGUUAUCAGUUAGUUUGAUAAUAUUUAUAAAGGGAAUAAAGCCUCUAUUGAGUUUCGUACUUAAAAUGACCCUCGAUUCAAUGGUGGUUCAAUAUUUACAGGGGGACCAUGCAUCUUUGAAGAUUAUGAUUAAUUUUUGCACAAUACAUACGAGGCUAUAAUCCCUUCUAUUCGAUUGAAAUCAUUAGUUUUUUGCAUAUCUCGUAGAGGACAACUUUGUUUGAAAAAACUCGUCUGUUCAUCCCAAUUAUAUCAGAUUUUAAAAAUAACUUUCACUUAGGAGCUUGUCUAUUAAUUGAGCAUUAUAAAAACAUAAAGUAAUUACUAAACAAUGAGAAAGAAUUGAUGAUCACAGUAAGAUUAUUUACCGUAUCAUUACUAUAACUAAUUUUUAUGAAACAAGUGGCAAUGAAUUUUGAUCUCUUUUUAGACAAAAGCGUAUUCUUUUUUAUUCUAAAUGUAAAGAAAAUUAUUUUAAUGAUUUUCUAGAAUAAAAAAGAAGUUGUAUUGGUUAAUAGAAUUGAAUUUGCCAUUAAAUAAAUAAAAUUGGCAGCUUUCGUACUUCUUAGUUAUUUUUUUUUAUUUUGCUGGUUUAUGCAGUUCAUUUUUGCUGCCAGAUAGUAUAAUCGAUAAUAAAAUUAUAUAAAAAAUGAAUAAUUACCAGUCUACUAUUGAGAGCUUAAUAAAUUAUAUUAAUUUUAUUCAUACUAACAAAUAGUUCUUACAUAAAACUGAAAAAUAAAAGGUUGGCAUGAGAAAAAAUAAAAGUUCUCAUUAGUAUUUCUGGUGAUAACAGAAUAAUUAAGAGCAAUCCGUGCGAUAAAAGUAAAAUAAAUGUAAUAUUUACAUUAAUGACAAGUCAAAAUUGUUUUUAGCUACAAAAAGUAAUAAUAAUAUUAAUUAUAACAUUAAUAAUAAUAAUUAUUAUUAAUAAUGACAAUGAUAAUCUUAAUUAUAAUAAAAAAAGAAGUACAUAAAUUAUAAAAAAUGAGCACCGACACGAAUAUUAUUAAACAUUAAUUAAAUGAUAAGUAAAGUUACAUGUAUAAGAAAAAAGAUUAUGAAAAAUAUAUUUAUCUAUGUCUUCUGCGAAGAUAGCAAAUAGUACUCUCUCACUCUAUAUUGAUGAUAUUGAAAUUGAAUAUUCAUUAAAACCCUGGAAAAAAACCGAUAUUGACAGAUGUAGUUGCAGAGACAAUUUGAAAUAAAAAAUAACUGCUCGUAUUGUGGAACACAUCAAAUAAUUAUUCAUACAGUCAGAUCUGUUAAAAAUUUUGUAUAUAGUAAACAAAAAUAAUUAUUAUAAAAAAAUUAUUCAAGUUCCAGUGUGGUCAUUCAGAAAAAAAACAUUGUGAAAAAAAUUCAACUCGAAUUAACUAUAUUUUUAUUGUGAUACAUUCAGUUUCGUGAGAGGCAGAUGAAUAAAAGAAUUAUAAUUGAAAUUAUACAUCGAAAAUUUUUAUUUUUAUUAUUUUUUUUAAUAAUUAGGUGAUAGUAAACUGCUUUGAUUGCAAAAAUGUUUGAGAAUGAGCUAUAAAAUAUAUUGUGAAAGGAUAUCCAAUUGUUCGUUAUUUUUUAAUUGUAUACAAUUUUAUAAGAGUGCAUUAAUAAGAAUUAUGUUUGAUAAGAUAGUGAAUAAUUAAUUGGACAAUUUAUUGAACAAUUAAUUAAUUCGAAUAAUUGAGUUUUAUGUCAGGUGAAUUUUCAUAAUUACUUAUUGUUUAUUUUUAAAAAUUGCUAUCAAAGUAAAAUAUAAUUUGAUAUUUUUUUAUAUUCUGGAACUGCCAUAUCAAAGAAUUGAGCUUGUCCAUAAGGAAAUGAUUGAGCGUAAAAAUUGAUGAAGCCUACUUGUAUAUUAUUCCUAUCAUAAAUAGAUCGACAUGAGGAUCAAAGUAGAUGAUUUUAUGAGUAAAUGAAAAUAAAUAAAAUGAUAUAUCAUUAAAUUAGAGGUUUAAAAAUAUAAUAAAAUUCAGUAUAUGUACAGUAUUUGAAGAAAACAUGUUUAUAAUUUGUAUGGAAAAAUAAA